AUGUCAGCUCUGGCAGCCGACGUCUCCUUCGACUUCACCUUCCCCUCCCCCUCCCCCUCUCUCGAGGAUCCCGCAACCCCUCCCAUGGAGUCCCUCCCCAUCAUGGAAUACAGCCUCGACCACUUCCCCUCCAGCCUCCUCGAGCUGCCCUACAACUCUCACAACGGCCACGUCCGAUCGACAUCCCGCGCCUCAUCUGUCUACUCCACCAUCUCGGCCGUAGACUCAAUAGCAGAGUCGGCCUGCUCGCGCUUCACCACGCCUCCUCGCGCCAGCCCCCCAGUUCGUCAACAUGGACCUCUGCUGCUGCCAAAGAUCCGCUCUCAGGACCAGCAGCUUGAUCAAUCUCACGUUGCGCGCGCAGCUCACUCCCGCUCCAACUCAAUUCGCUCAGCUGCUUCUGCGAGGGCCAGGAUGGUUCAUCAACGGUCUACACCUCCUCCGGCUUCUUCUUCCAAGCCCAUCCGCACAAGCCACUCUCGGAGUUACACCAACCCAGAGACCCUCGCCAACAUGGCUUUUGCUCACAUCUCGCCCUUCAAUACUCCUCCCCCGCAGACUCACGAUGAGGCUCCCGUCUUUCCUUCAUCGCUUCUCGCCUCGCCGCCAACUUUCGCUCAGGACCUGCCACAGCCUCGUCGAACCAGCACCAUCGACACUGCCACCAUUGACAAGUAUGGCUAUCCGACCUAUCGACAGAUGCCUUUUGUGCCUUCAAACACAGCUGCUGCUUCAGCUUCUCAGUCAGACUACAUGUUCUCGUCCUAUCUCCCGCGUGCUCCAUCACCACUGGCUCUCGCCGCCACAGCUACUCCCAACUCAGAGCCCUCAACCACCCUCAUUGAGCAUCUGAUCUGCGCCAAUCCCGCCGCCUCUCUUGUCCGAACCAUCUCCUUCCCCCUCCGCGACCCGUCCAUCAAGCACUUCUGGUGGGACGUCCGCAGCAUCUCCUCAUGGUCAACCUUCAACGCCUCCACCGUGCUCUCUCUCCCCGGUGCAUCUGCUCUCCUCAACUCCCCCGUCCCGGCUUCUCUCCUGCAAACACCCGCAUUCUCCUCUCGCCAUCCCGAGACCGAGACCGCCCUCCACAGCAUCUACGCCUCAUACUACCUCCCCAAACUCAACUCCGCCCUGGCCAUGUCCUCCAACCGCCCCCUGCAGCUCUCCGUCCCAGCUAAAACAUCAUCCGGCGUCAACGACCUCAUUUUCGUCGCAAAUCCCAUCGGCGAAUCAUCCACCGCCGCGGCCAUGUUCGGCGGCAAGCCCACCGGCCGCGUCGUCGGCCUCGUCCGCAGCUUCGACCGCUUCAACACCGGCAUGCGCGCCGAGGGCAACAUCAAGCGCGUCGACUAUCUCCGCGGCCUGGCAGCCCUGCACUACGCCAUGCGCGAGCACGGCUGCCGCUACGGCUUCAUCCUCACCGAGAUUGAGCUCGUCCUCGUCCGUGCCGGCACAGAGUCUACUCCCUUUUUCGGCGACUUGGAAAUCACUUCCGUCCAGCUCAACGCCGCUGUUUCCGAAGCCGAGCUCGAUUCUUCAGACAAUGUGCCCCUGACGGCUUGUCUUGCCCUCUGGGGUCUCUGCCAACUCGCCGGUGAUCAAACUCCCGCUGGCCACGCCUACUGGAAGGCCGAGAUUGGCGCUCCCGCCGACGGCACCAGGCGAAAGGCCAAGGCCCGGGAUAACUGGAUUCCCAAGCCGCAACUGGCAGAGAAGCGCGAGGCCAAGAGGAGCCGUGGCUGGGUGUGGCCUGAAGAUCCCAUCGGAAGGAAGGAGAUGGGCAAGAGGGGCGUCAAGUAUGGUGGAUUGUGCUGA